AUGCCCUUGGCCGAGAAGAACGCCCAAGGCAUGACCUAUUUCAAAGCGCUCUACUUCUGCUACGUAUCGCUCUUAACAAUCGGCUAUGGCGAGUUUCCCCCAUCACGCGAAGCGCACAGUAUUCAUACUCAUACCUCUGCAGGAGACCUAGCCCCCAAAUCCGGCGCAGGCCGCUGCUUCUUCGUCAUCUGGUCCCUCAUCGCCGUGCCCACAAUGACCAUCCUCGUCUCCGACCUUGGCGACACCGUCGUCGACAAGUUCCGCCGUUGGAGCGACAAAUUCGCUGACUUUACCGUCCUUCCUAAGCAUGGUAUAUGGCGUACCUUCCUCGACAAGCAUCCUUCACUCCUCAGACUAGUGGACUGGCUGCAGAAGCGGGCUGCAGACAAGAAAGCGAAGAAACGAGUAGAAAGGGGUUUCGAACUAGAUAACCCAGAUAAGCCGGUAGAGGAUCCGAACUGGGAUGCGCAGGUCAGAGAUGGAGCUGCUGCUGAGGCGCAAAUCCAGGAAUCAGCAGUCAAUGCGGAUGAUGAUGCUAUCACACCGACGCUGCCUGUGUUGGCGGCUGAGGAGGAGAAAGAUGCGUUGGGGAGGUUUCCGGGCAAUAAGUCUAUUGCGCAUCACAUUGCGCUUUGCAUCAAGCGCGUUGCUGCGGACAUGCACCUCCCCAAACCCAAACGCUACACCUUUGAAGAAUGGGUCGACUUCGUACGGCUGAUUCGCCUGACCGGCAACAAGACCGGGUAUCGGGGUGACUCCGAUGAAGAAGAUGAAGAGGGGUUGGUAGGAUGGGAUUGGAUUGGCCCAGAUAGCCCGCUGAUGAGUGGGCUGACUGAGAGCGAGUGGUUGUUGCAAAGGUUGUGUGAAAGCUUGGUCAGGCUGGCGAAGAAGCCGUAUGUGCCUGUGGGCGAGCAAGAGCUGAAGCGGGGUGGGACAAGGGAGGACGAGGGAGUGGAUGGAGAGGACUGGGUGGAUGGGUGGGUGGGCGAUGGGGAGUAUGCCAGACAUGAUCAGAGGCCGGGUGGUGCUGCGGAUGCAGAGUCGAGUAGUUCUGUAAGUGUGAAGCCUGGUGGAGUUAAAGCUGCCGAGGAAGGUGCUCGGCGAGUGACCUAG